AUGGCUUCUACCUGUAUGUAGAAUCCUCUAGAACCAUUGUCGGUGACACGGCCCGUGUGAUAUCCCCAACUGUCAACAGCUCACCUGCGGGACACUGCCUUCUCUUCUGGUACCACAUGUACGGAGAUAGCACGGGUAAUUUAACCGUGUCUUAUCUGACGAACAUGGGUCGUGAAGAGGUCUUGUGGAGUAUGACCGGUGACCAGGGCAACGAGUGGCGUUCACAACAUGUGAACAUUACGAGUACUGGUGGCUACAGUUUCAAUAUUAUCUUUGAAGCCACAGUGGCCGGAUUCAUGGGAGAUGUUGCCAUUGAUGAUAUCAGCAUUCAGAAUUCUUUGUGUGGGAGCUAG